UGUUCUGGUUCAUGAAUAUAAUACGUAUAUAUAUACACACACGAAUCCUUUUAUCGAAGAUUGGUACGCAGAGCUUGCUCUCUUUAGUUGCUUGAGAAGUUAAUCAAGUGGAUGUGAUACAAUAAACUUAAUAGUGUAGUAAAACCUUUCUAAUCCAAAUGGAUUAUGAUAAUAUGGCAACACUUUCUGAAGCACAUCCUAAGACGAUGGAUGUUUUAUCGCAAACGUGGUGUGAUUUCGCGGUUAAAGAAGCUUUUCAACCUGAGUUUCAAAGCCAAGAACUAGUUCUUCAUGAAUGCUCAAUCAACAGUUUUGACGACGGCCCAUUGUCCCCUAACUUCGCGAAAAUGGAGAGCAUAAAGAUGGAUGAUAGAACAAAGUCCUUACCCCUAUGGAAGACUAAUGAUGUGAAGUCAUGGAUAUGGAUGCAACAAGCUAUGCACCCAGAAUUGAAUUACAACAGCUGCUUCCGUAAAAAAUGGCAAUCAUGGCAUAUAAGUCCAUUUAAAUCUUCACACAUCUCAAUCAAGAACUGGUUGAAAGAUUUUAAGCAAAAGAAAAAAGAAAAGGCGAGGCUACAAAGGGCCGAAGUCCAUGCAGCAAUCUCGGUAGCUAGUGUUGCUGCAGCGUUGGCUGCCGAGAACUCAAACUACAGUGGCUCGAAUUCCACCACCGCCUCAAAGGAAGCAGCAGUAGCAUCUGCAGCAGCCCUGGUGGCCGCACAUUGUGCGAAAACCGCAGAAGCAAUGGGUGCAAAGAAACAGCAGAUCAGUAAUGCAAUGAGCUCAGCCAUGAGUGCAACAAGCACAAGUGACAUUUUAACUCUCACUGCUGCAGCUUCAACAUCGUUACGAGGAGCUUCAACGCUUAAAACAAGAUCAGGAUGCAAGAAUAUGUUAAACUCGAAUGCUCCAGUAAUGCCUGUAGAAGAAUAUACUGAUCAUGAGUUCGACUUUGAGCAGUGUCGAUUAAUACUGAGGAAAGGGACUGAACUCACAAUCAGGACAUCAGAUGGUAGAUGCAUGAUGAGAUCAGUGUCUGUCUUCUUGAAUCAUGAAGGCAAGGUUAUUCUCAGAACAAGGAAGUCUAGUCUAAUGAAUGCAUUCACUAGCAAAACAGAAUGUGUUGUGUUAGACCAGCAUGCGGAGCUCUACAAGAACCCCAACGUCGACGAUAGGGAAACUUGUUUUCUUGUUGUUUUAACGACCACCCAAGGGAUAAUCAAACUGGAUAUGAAGAACGAUGAUCAAUGUUACAAGUUAUGGACAUGGACUAUUAGUCAUAUGCUGUCACUUUUGACCUCUUUCACAAAAUACACACUUCCAUAUCAUAAGAAUUGAGAGUCUAAGACGACGUCAUUGUGUUGGUUUAUCGAUCUAUUUAUGUGUUUAGGCUUUUUUGUGUAGUUAUAAACACAUUUUUUCACUA